UGCAGCUACAAUUGCCACUUCUGUUCCUACUGAUAAGUUUUCCAUUCCCUCUUACAGUUGUUCCCACUUCUAUUCUUACUUACCUUCUUCUUCUUCUUAUAGGGAAUCAACACGGUUCUAACAAAGGCUAUAAAACUUCCCAUCCUUUGUUUAUUUGCAGAUGGAAAAUGGAGAUGUGGUAGAAAAAGAAGCAAGGGAUCAGAAGCCAGGACAGCAAACAACUGGUUCUAUUGGCGGUGAGAGCUUUCGCGGAGAUCAUCAGCCAUGGUUGGAUCUGACACUCGGUAGGAGAACCGCUCCAACUGAUGGAAGCUCUUCUUCUCCACGACCCCAACCUCCAAACCGAAAGAUGUUCUCGUGUAACUUCUGCAUGAGAAAAUUCUUCAGCUCACAGGCUUUGGGGGGCCAUCAGAACGCACACAAGAGAGAGAGGGGCGCCACGAGAAGGCCUCACCACCAUCUGACAGUUCAUUCUCAUUCCAUGGUUCCCAAGCAGCAUUCGGAGAAAGGCAUGUCUAUGGUGGCGAGAUGUUAUCAGAUCAACCCUGACAUCGAGGUGACGAGGAUUCCCUUUGCACUUGACGAAGCCAGAGGUUGGAAGUGGCCUGGAAGCUUUCAAGAUGUCUCUCGCCCGACAGACCAACCAUCAGAACAACAAAACCUUGACUUGAGUCUCAGGCUUUAAUUAAUAGUUUCCUCCAUUACAUGGCACUUCAAAUUGUCGCUUCCAGUCAACAGUCCAUCGUUAUGCUCGAUCAGCCAAGUCCAAGAAAAGCAAGUGCAGUGCAAAAGAGAAUAAAUUGUAUGCAUGUUAUUCUUAUUGCAAUUGCACCGCCAAUGGCUUCAUCACUAUUGAU